CCGUCUUGCCUGAAGUCUGUGUGCACGCUUGCUUAUUUGCUCUCGGCGAAAGCUGUUCUUUCUACUAGGGUUACUUGAUUUUGUCGUUCCAUUCAGCAUUUCAAGAUUCAAAGGCUUUGUCUGUGCUUAGUGUUUACCAGUUAUCAACAUAUGGUCUUUAUUUGAAUGUUGUGGAUGCCACCGAGACUGGAUAUUAAGUAAUAUCAAUUCUUUCAGAAAGAAAUUACAAGAACCGAACCAUCGACAACAAUUAAACGGUCUUAAUCCCUGCCUUCCCCCCACAAAAAAUCGAGACAACCGACUUCUCUGAAAAAGAAUACAAACAGUACCCGACAUAGUGCUUUCAGAACUGAGACGCUCUCUAGACCAUGAGUAACCUUAACGAACACCAUAACCUGUGGAUGACACCUCAGUUUCCUUCAGACGGUCCCUAUGUUGCAGGAGUCACGAUGGCUUACUGGCAACCACCAGAAGAAGGAGCAAUGAGAGGACUCGUCGAUGAAAUAGAAGCCUACCUCUUUCUGGACAUUGGUGAAUGGGAGGGCAAGGACUGUGUCGACUGGGCCAACGGCGUGUGUCGCCACCUGAACAUCGACAGUAACAUCGUCAACCUCUGGGCAUUCACCAACAUGACAGGGACUCAGUUGCUGUCAUUCACAUAUGAGGAUUUCUGCAAUCAUGUGGGUACGGUCUACGGCCUAAGCUUCUACAGGGAGUUCAUGCGACUCGUAGAAAGCAGGGAAGCAGAGAGUGCGCAACAGCCAUUAGAGAACCCAGGACCUUCGAAUCCCCAACUCGAACAUCCAGGACGAUACGAAGAUGAAGACAGAAGAGAACGCCAGCCUUAUCUCGAGCCCAUCAUUGGCCAGACAAGGAGGAGACCCCGAGGCCCGCGAGUGUGGGAGUUCUUGGUUCGCCUGUUAGUCGAUCCUCAAGCCAAUCCUUCCCUUAUAACGUGGGAGGACGAGGCAAGUGGGACAUUCCGGCUUGUCCAGAAGGAGCGCAUUGCCGAGAUGUGGAUACAGAGGUCGAGGGAAGGAGGACUCUCUUACAACAACUUGGCACGCACAAUGAGAUAUCACUACGCAAACGGCGCCCUUGAACCAGUCAUGGAGCGCCAACUGGUCUACCGUUUAGGACCACAGGCUAAAGAAUACCUGGAAAAACUCAGAAAUCAGCGUUUGUAGAUACUAGAGAGUAGUUGUGGGACAAUGAACCCCGUUGUUAUUAUGUGCAUUAUAUGAGUAAAAAAAAAAAAAAAAAAAAAAUCCGUAUGGACGAUUUUUUUAUAUUGUUUUUUUAAGUAUCGAUCUUGAAUUUGAAUAAAAAAAUUCUAAAGGUUGAAAUUCUAUUCCCUGGUCUAUUUAUGUGGACCCCUAAUUAUAUUAAAAAAAACGAUGUUGAUAACUUUAAAAUUGAUAUUGGGUUGGAAAUUAUUACAUUAUUUUCGAAAUAACUAAUAACUAAUAAUCAAUAAUAAUGCAACAAUGAUAAAAUAAGAAUCAUAUAGAAUAAUCAGGGUUGAUACUAAAGGGUUUAAGAAACGGAAGUAUUUAAAUCUAUUACUAUUCACUACUCGUCCAUGAUAUUAUCAUAUUUUGCUAUUCAACACACUAUAAUUAUCAGUUUAUUUUAUGAAAUUAAUUCCAACCCUUCUGUGAGCAUGUUUAAAUUGUGUUAUUAUUUCUAUUUUAUAUCAAACAUGAGAAGUAGGGAGGAAAAAUAUACGAUAACUUACUAAAGACUGUUAUGAGCGUUGAAAAUUACUGGAACCUUUAACCGGAAAAUUCGUGCCGGAGACAUCUUGCCUUAUUACUUUUACCUGUCUGAUGCAAAGAAGUUACUUUUAUUAACAGAAACAUUAAUUUUUGUCCGUGAAAAAAGAAAAAUAGAUUCUAAAUCCCAAAAUCCACUAAAUCAUCCACAUUUAGACAAGCCAACUAUUCAUGGUCAUCAAUUUUAGUCCAAUUCAUUCAGAUUUCCGUUUUCUUUUCUAUGUUUACUGAAUAUUCGUAGAGAGUCACGUCACUUAGAUUAUAAUGGUUGAGCACGAAUUUAAUUAUCAUUACAAAUCACUUGUAAUAUUUCUAGGUCUAUUCAUCCUUGUUCAGGUUGACGAUGAAAUUCAGAGUAUAGUUGGAAUAAUUCAUCAGAAGUAAUUUGAUCAUAUAUUGUAGUUUACUAUAAAUGUAUAGAUCAUAUACAU